CCUUCGGCUUCGGCGGCGGCGGCGCUGGCCUCGGGGGCAUGGGCGGUGGCGCUGCGGCACUGGGUGGGGCAGCGGCACUUGCAGGCACCGGCGCCUUGCUGGCCAGCUUCAUGUCUUCCAUGUCGGGCGGCAGUGGGCAGCAGAUGUUGCAGAGCGCGCGAGUUGAUGGCGGCGUGCCCUAUGCCAGCGUCAUGAGUGGCGGUCUAGGGGCCUUCCAGCCCUCAGCAAACAGUCUGGGAAGCUAUCGGGCUGCGAAUGUCACCGAGGUGAAUCAGACGAAUGUCACCGAGGUGACCAAAGUAACGAACGUCACGGAGGUCACUGAAGUACACGAACACUUCCACAAUGAGGGCAACCCGUACGACCAGUCCACUUGGCAAGAGAGGUCGCUUGAGCAACCUGAGGAAGUGGAAGAAGACGUGGAUGAAAGUGAAAAAAUUGAGGAUGAGGCUGACAAGGAAGGGGAGGAUGACAGUAAGGAGCACAAGAGUGAAGGGGAGGAAGAGGAGAGUGCAGAGAAGAGCCAAGACGGCGAAGAGAGCGGGGAGCACAAAAGCGAGGAAGAGGCGGAGGAGAAUCAGGAUGAUGAAGCGGAGGAGAAUGAGGAUGAAGACGAGGUGUCAGGCGGCGAGCCGGAGGAGGACGAGGAGGAUGAGGAGGACAAGGAGGAUGAGGAGCCAGAGGAGCCGGAGGAGCCGGAGGAGGACGAGGAGCCGGAUGAGCCGGAUGAGGAUGAGGAUGAAGAUGAGGACGACGAUUGUGAUGACGAUGGCGAUGAAGACUAGUCAUGACUAGUCAUGGGUAAUAGCUCAGAGUUGGCCAUUGCUGGCAGUUCGAUGGAUUUCGCUCGUGAAAUUGAUUGAGUUAUACUUAUAACUUACACCGUUAUGCCAUGUUAUACCUUCAGAUGCAGUGGAGACAGG